UUUAACAUCUCUACUUAAGCAGAAGAUGAUGUAGCAGUAUAAGUAACAGCGUGGGGAACACCAUGGUCAGCUGAAUGCAACAGGGCUUCUGGUUUUAAUAAUUUGAAAAGAAGAUGAAGUGUCUCCUGUGCCUGUGUUUACUCCUUGCUGUUCUUUGUGCUGUAACCCAUUGCUGCCCUGAAGAUAUUUGCCAUGAAGUCAACAAUACUAAUCUGCGUGAUGGAAGAGAAAAUUUAUUAGCAUAUAGCUGUGACAAGAAAAGCUCUAACUAUGCCGAUUUUGUAUUUAGAUUUUACAGGCAGGCUACAUCAAAAGAAGCUGAUAAAAAUGUUUUCUUUUCUCCCAUGAGCAUCUCCACUGCCUUUGCCAUGCUGGCUGUUGGUGCUAAGUCAACCACUCUGUCUCAGAUUUUUGAAGGACUGGGCUUUGAUGACCUGACUGAGACUCGCAUACAUGAUGUACAUGAAAGUUUUCACAAAGUUUUGUCAGUACUGAACUGUGCUGAUGUUAAUAUCACAUUAAAUAUAGGGAAUGCCCUUUUUACAGCUACUGGGUAUGAACCACAGGAAUCAUUUUUACAAAAUACCAAACAAUUUUAUGAAGCAGAUUUUUUUCCUAGUGAUUUUCAUAAACCAGAAGAAGCUAAGAAGCAAAUCAAUAAAUAUGUAGAGGAGAAAACCAAGGGUAAAAUUCCUGAAUUAGUUGGUCAUCUUGAUCCAAAUACUGUACUGGUUCUUGUUAACUAUAUUUAUUUUAAAGCUGCCUGGGAAAAGUCUUUUGAUCCUUUGCGUACAUAUGAGGAUGAUUUUUUUGUGAGCACAAAUGCAUCUGUUAGAGUCAACAUGAUGCAGCGUGAUGGUAUCUCAAACAGCUACUAUGACCAGGAUCUCUCCUGUGUGGUGGUAGAGCUGCCUUACCAGGGCACUGCACGAGCAUUGCUUAUUCUGCCCGAUGAUGGAAAGAUGAAGCAAGUGGAAGAUGCUCUCUCCAAGGAAACUAUUUGUAAAUGGGAUAGCAAACUUGUGACCAGGAGAUUAAGUCUGCAAUUACCAAAGUUUUCUAUUAGUGGGUCUUACGAUGUUAAAACCCUGUUUGAGCAAAUGGGCAUCACUGAAGUGUUCUCAGGUAAUGCUGAUCUGUCUGGAAUUAGUGGCAAUCAAGAUCUCCAGGUUUCACAAGCAAUUCACAAGGCCCUGCUGGAAGUUGAUGAGUCUGGAACUGAAGCUGCAGGAGCCACUGCCAUAAUCCUUACCAGAGUUUCCUAUACUUCUCGUACCAUCAAAGUCAACAGGCCCUUCAUUAUUUUGAUCUCUGACAAACAAACCGGCAUCACACUUUUCAUGGGGAAAAUUGUUGAUCCUACUAAGGAGUAAUUGCUCGGUUAUCUGGCAUAAUGAUGUUGGGCAUGAGUUAUAAUUGUUACAGUGUUUGCAGUUUUGGGCUAGUUAGUGCUACUUACUAGUCUCUGAUUGAGGGAUAUUCAGAUGUAAAUUAGAAAUUUCCUUAUCAAAUUAAUAAGCAAAAAGCAUUGUAAAAUAUCACCAUCAACUGACACUUUUUAAAUGUAACAUUUUCCCCAGCUGAA